ACACACACAUACACACACACACACACUGACUGCCCUGCUGGGCUGGGAAAGUAACUGCUCAUCAGUCUGUGGGAUUCUCUGCUCAAUCUGAGAACGGAGCAACUAACAGAAGGCAGCGGAGCAUACAGGAGCCCAGGGGGCAUACAGGAGCCAAGGGAGCAUACAGGAGCCCGUGGGCAUACAGGAGCCAGGGGGGCAUACAGGAGCCAAGGAGCAUACAGGAGAGAGCGGAGCAUACAGGAGCCCAGGGGGCAUACAGGAGCCAAGAGAGCAUACAGGAGCCCAGGGGGCAUACAGGAGCCAAGAGAGCAUACAGGAGCCCAGGGGGGAUACAGGAGCCAAGAGAGCAUACAGGAGCCCAGGGGGCAUACAGGAGCCCAGGGGGCAUACAGGAGCCAAGGGAGCAUACAGGAGCCCAGGGGGCAUACAGGAGCCCAGGGGGCAUACAGGAGCCCAGGGGGCAUACAGGAGCCAAGGGAGCAUACAGGAGCCCAGGGGGCAUACAGGAGCCAAGGGAGCAUACAGGAGUCCAGGGGGCAUACAGGAGCCAAGGGAGCAUACAGGAGUCCAGGGGGCAUACAGGAGCCAAGGGAGCAUACAGGAGCCCAGGGGGCAUACAGGAGCCAAGGGAGCAUACAGGAGCCCAGGGGGCAUACAGGAGCCAAGGGAGCAUACAGGAGUCCAGGGGGCAUACAGGAGCCAAGGGAGCAUACAGGAGCCCAGGGGGCAUACAGGAGCCCAGGGGGCAUACAGGAGCCAAGGGAGCAUACAGGAGCCCAGGGGGGAUACAGGAGCCAAGGGAGCAUACAGGAGUCCAGGGGGCAUACAGGAGCCAAGGGAGCAUACAGGAGCCCAGGGGGCAUACAGGAGCCAAGGGAGCAUACAGGAGUCCAGGGGGCAUACAGGAGCCAAGGGAGCAUACAGGAGCCCAGGGGGGAUACAGGAGCCCAGGGGGCAUACAGGAGCCAAGGAGACAAGCGGACAUACAGGAGCCUGCUGGCUGGGCAGAUGGAAAGAUAUAAAGGACUGGGGCAGCUGCUGGCGGAGCUGGAAGAUUUCUUGUUCAUCCUCGAUAAGGAAAAUCUCAGCAGCACCGCCGUCCUGAAGAAAUCCUCCCUGUCUGAGCUGCUGCAGGGCUAUAUCAGGAGCAACAGCAGCUGCGAUGAGGAAUACAUUUAUAUGAACAAGGUGUUGGAGACGGACAAGAAGGAGGCUCAGGGGAAACAGGGAAAAGCGGAAGUGUUGGACCCCCCGGCCAAUGAGGCGCUGACUAAUGGGACGGCUGGACAGUACCUGGUGCCUCCGCAAAAAAGCCUCCCGGACCUACCUCCACCCAAAAUAAUAACAGACAAGUUGCCGGGCUGUAAGUGCGACUCCCCAGAGGGUUACUAUGAGGAGGCAGAGCCGUACAACGCUUCCUUUAAUGAUGAUGGGGAGGCAGUGAGCAGCUCGUAUGAAUCCUACGAUGAGGACGAGGGCCACAAGGGCAAGGGCCCCACCCAGCAGCACCAAUGGCCAUCCACAGAGGCCUCCAUCGAGCUGAUGAAGGAUUCGCUGAUCUGCGCCUUCCUGUGGCGGAAGAAAUGGCUCGGCCAAUGGGCCAAACAGCUCUGUGUGGUCAAGGACUCGCGGCUGCUGUGCUAUAAAACCUCCAAGGACCACAAUGCACAGCUGGACGUGAGUCUGAUUGGCUGCGGGGUUCUGUACAAGGAGAAGCAGGUGAGGCGCAAGGAGCACAAACUGAAAAUCACCCCGACCGGCGCCGACGUCAUUGUACUGGGAAUGCAGAGCCGGGAGCAGGCCGAGCAGUGGCUGAAGGUAAUACAAGAUAUCAGUGGUCUCCAGACAGACCCCGUGGGUGACAGCUCCCCAAUUGCUACGGAUGGGCAGCGACAGAUUCAUUGCAAGGUGGAGGGGACAGACAGACACUCUGCGGCCUCUGAAAGUGGGAGCAGCACCGAUGGGCACCCCGAGACCCCCGAGGUCAAAGAAGUCAAGAAGAAAGUCUCGUCGGGUCUGAAGCUGAGUAACCUCAUGAACCUGGGGAGGAAGAAAUCCACUUCCUUGGAGAGUCCGGAGAAGGCCCUGGAGACCUCCAAUUACCUGAAUGUGCUGAUUAACAGCCAAUGGAAAUCCCGCUACUGUUGCGUCAGGGACGGGCAGCUGCAUUUCUACCAGGACAGAAACAAGACCAAAGCCGCCGCUCAGCCGGUGUCUCUGAUUGGUUGUGACGUCAUCCCGCAGCCCACCCAGGACCACCUGUAUUCCUUCCGCAUCCUGCAAAAUGGGGAGGAGCUAGCCACCCUGGAGGCGAAAUCAUCGGAGGAUAUGGGCCACUGGCUGGGGCUUCUCCUGUUAGAGUCCGGUUCCAGAACCGACCCGGAAGAUUUCAGCUACGAUUACGUGGACGCCGACCGGGUUUCCUGCAUCGUCAGCGCCGCCAAGAAUUCCUACUUCUUAAUGCAGAGGAAAUACUCUGAGCCGAAUACUUACAUUGAUGCCCCACGGGGGGGCAGGUACCAGCAGGACGAUCUGUAUGAUGAUGUUGAUGUGUCAGAUAUUCAGGACGAUGAGCCCAAGCAGGAAGGGAAAGCUGAGGCAGAAGACAAGACCUACCUGGAUGUCCUACCAAGUAAAUCCUUCCUAUACUGCACUGGAAUGAAGUCUCUUUGCAAGGCCUUGGGGUCCCCGGGGCCCGAGAAAGUGAGCGGCAGGAAAGAUAAGGAAGAGAGAGAGCAGGGGGCAAUAACCAGCAAGGAACAAGAGUUGUCUGGGCAAUCAGCUGACAAGACUAAACAGAACACAGAAGACCCCCCGACACAAGCCGCCCCCAAUACCCUGAUUAUAGGAACAGCAGUGAGCGCCAGUCCCCGGCUGGAGAAGAAGACCAAGGAGAGAGUGAAGGUGACAAAUCACGUGGCCAUAGAAACCUUGCUGGGGAAGAACCGGACAGAAGCAGAGAUAAAGCGCUUUGCAGAAGAGAAGGAGAAGCUGGAGAAAGAGAGAGAAGAGAUCCGGGUUCAGUUGGCGCAGCUCCGCAAAGAGCGUCGGGAAAUGAAGGAAUCGGUCACUAACUGCACCGAUAAAGGCCUCCUGGCCAACCUAGAGGACAAGCUGAGGCUGAAAGAGGACGAGUGCAAAGAGAGAGAAAGAGACCGCGUAGACCUGGAGCUGAAAAUCGUGGAGGUGAAGGAAAAUCUCAGGAAAGCCGAGUUGGGUCCGGCAACAUUAGGGACCACUGUGGAGCCCGCACACCUGGACCCUGCCCCGAGUAUAAAGUCCUGCAGUCCGGUGCACGUCCCAGAAUGCUCACCAGUAACUGCAACAAUUGGCUCCCCGGUGAAUUCAGCCACGGCACUAAAGAGCCGACCCCAGCCAAUCGUGACCACUGGAAAGGGAACGGUCCUGCAGAAGGCCAAGGAGUGGGAGAAGAAAGGAGCAAGUUAGGAGACCAAAGAACCUCUUCAUGGACUGUGUCUACUGGCCAGUGGCUCCUGAGAGCUUUAAUAUUGACUUGCACCAAGACUCACCUCAUGGAGUCAUCAAGUGGAGUCUUCUGAGGGGCCUCAACUGUCUAAUGGUGGAGCAAACCCACCCUAGAGAUACCACUAUGGCGUAUGCUAACUUGCACCAUGCUCCGUGACCACUAACGCGCCUGACGGCUUGCACAUUCUAGUAGGGUUUGGAAGUGGGUCGCCCUACCCGCCAAUAGCAGGUUCACUUCUGUGUAUUGUCUUCCUGUGAUUGAGUGUUGGAGUGGACUGAAAACUCCAAUCUGAUUGGGUUGUGUGUAAUGAAUCUACUGGAUUAGCACCGGGAAGAAAGGCCGCAUUCUCCACCAAACCAAUGCAGGACAGGGCUGGGUCUCAGUGUAAUUACAUAGGUUUGACUGCUCCUCCUCCCCUCUUACUGUAUGUGAGCUCUUACUUAAAGGCGCAGAGACCUUAUUUCCUUAUUACUGGGGGGAAAGUGGGCGUCGCCCUGUGGGAUCCGAGAUAAUAACUGUGAAACAAGGUGCUCCAAUCGCUUUGUGGCGGAAUUUGUCCUUAUUUCCUUGUGACGUUUGGUGUUACCGACGGCAACCGUACCCGGGGCAGGAAACCAUGCGCGGUACCAGGAAGGCCGACUUGUGGGUAAGAUGUUUUUAAUGAAUCGGGACCAUUUGUUUGUACAUAAAUACGAUAUAUUUACAUAAAGACUGUAUUUAAAAAAAAAGAAAUAAAAUAUGAAUUAUCUUUAAAAGGGAAAA